AUGGGACGCAAGCAGAAAGGAGGUGCCCGGCAGCCCAAAUCCCGCGAUGAUGACUGGAAAGCCGCCGCACCGAGCAAUGAGCGCUUUGUGCAGUACUAUCGCAAGCAAAACCUAUGCGCAUCGGACGAUGAGUUUGAGCAAAUGCUCGCAGCCUUCAAGCGCGUCCUGCCAACGACCUUUAGACUGACUGGUACUCGAGAGAAUUGCCGGUUGCUGCAAGACUACAUGGAACGCGCGCAUUUCCCGUUUUUGAAGGAUAAAGAGUAUGACGGACAGUGCAUCGCACCACCGAGAGCCCUUUCAUGGUACCCAGAAAGCUUGGCGUAUCAGCUUGAUGUGCCCAAAAUUGCUUUGCGAAAGGAUGCGCAAUUCAAACAGUUCCAGCGGUUCCUCGUGAUGGAGACAGAGUCCGGCAACAUGAUCCGUCAAGAAGCCGUAAGCAUGAUUCCCCCGCUGUUGAUGGACAUUCGAGGCGACUCGGUCUGCUUGGAUAUGUGUGCAGCACCAGGCUCCAAGACAUCACAAAUGGUCGAGUUGCUGCAUGCACGGGCUGCUGAACAAGGUCAAGAUCCAAUUGGCUUGGUUGUCGCCAAUGAUAGCGACUAUAAACGCGCCUACAUGCUUGUUCAUCAAUUGAAGCGUCUCAAUUCACCCAAUUUGCUCGUGACUAACCACGACGCGACAUGCAUCCCGAAUUUCCUGGUGGACAAGGAAGGAACACCGCAAAAGUUUGAUCGUAUCUUGGCGGAUGUGCCGUGUUCAGGUGAUGGUACUUUGCGAAAGAAUGUCGAUAUUUGGCGGGCAUGGCAGCCGACGUCAGGUCUGUCACUGCACCCAACUCAAGUGAACUGUUUAAAACGUGGACUGCAGAUGCUGGCGGUAGGUGGCCGAUUGGUUUAUUCCACCUGUUCGCUCAACCCUAUUGAGAAUGAAGCAGUCCUUCAUGCAGUUCUCAGGGAGAUUUCAGACGCGGCACACCUCGUUGACGUUUCACAUGAAUUACCUGAGCUUGUGCGUCGGCCAGGAUUAUAUACUUGGCACUGCACCGACCAUGCUGGUAAUACAAUAGACAGUGUCGAAGCUGUGGAAGAAUCAAAACGGCAUCGUUUCCCUGCAUCCAUCUUUCCACCCCUGCCUGGGGUUGCUGAAGCACUUCAUCUUGAGCGUUGUCUGCGCAUCUACCCUCACCUCCAAGACACUGGUGGGUUCUUUGUUGCCGUCAUUGAGAAAACUGCGGAAGUCGACUUCAACGAUAUGGAGAGUGUGCGUUACAAGAAGCGGCCGGCAGAUGGAAGUCCACAGCAAGCUUUAAAACGCACCAAGCCAGAGCAACCUCUUGAAGAGACUGCUGCUGGUGAAGUCACUGUUGAUCAAGUUCCUACAGAGAUUGCAUCCAUCCAAGCAGAGAGAACGGCCGAACCUACAUUACCACAAGAAGUCAUCAUUGACAAACCCAAGUUCAUGCGUUCACUCAAUGACGAGUACUUUACCUUUUUGCCUUCUACGCAUCCAGAGAUUCAGAGCAUAGCGCAAUACUUUGGCUUUGACAAGUCUGGCUUACCACUCGACUGUUUCCUGUCACGCAACAUCAGUGGUGAGCCCGUGCGCACGCUCUAUUAUGCUACCGCGAGGGUCAAGACACUUAUUCAACACAAUAUGGGCCGAUUGCGCUUCGUUCAUGCUGGUGUCAAGAUAUUUUGCAAGCAAACCAUGGCACAUCUGGCAACUACGAGCCCGGAGCCAGUGGAAGAGAUUUGUCCCUGGCGAUUAUCGAGCGAUUGUAUGGAUGUUGCUGAAUCACAUGUCGCAGCAGACAAAGUGGCCACUUGCACACUCGCCGAGCUCAAGGUGUUCAUGGAGCAUGAGUACCCGAAGGCUGACCUGUUCCCUGAGUCUGACACGUCUGUGAUUCAGCAGCUUGAGGGUAAGCAACUCGGUUGUUAUCUGGUGCGCUGCGAUUUGAGCAAAGAGCCAGACAGCCGUGUACCGAAUGUACUACUGCUACCUUUGUGGAAGAGCAGAGUGACCCUGCAGAUGAUGUUGGCUCGCAAGGAAAAGGAAACGAUUUAUGCGCGUGCGACUGGUGAGACCCUUCCAGCGGCCAUCAAGAUCCUCAGCAAAAAGAAUGGGGAGUCUGAAGCAGCUGCAGUAGGGGAUGAUAUCGUUUCAAAGGAUGCUUCUGUCUAG